AUGACGGAUGAGCUAAGAUGGGAGAGGAAGGUUAAGGCAGUACAAACAGAGAAAGAGUGGGAACAGGAGGAGGUAUCAGGAUUGCUGAAGGAGUUCCCUAACCUCCGGACAGGAGGAAGCUUGCUACCUGAUCCAGUGGGCAUUGGCGUGGUGAAAGAAGAUCUUGAACCUGUGGAAUGGAUUGUGGUCGUUUACCAGUGUGGGGAGAGGAGAGUGAUUCGUCCCAGUCCCUGUUUACUCCAGCAGCUGCGCGAGGCGGACUGGGUGAGCAGAGAUGGUGGAAAGGCAAGCAAGCAAGAAUCUGGUGAUUCAUGUUCAGAAAGUGCACUACAGAUAAUUGCCACAUCUGGCCACAGUGCAGAUUUUCCCAGUGGUAUCCAGCCUGUACCUGAAGAUGUCUAUAGAAUGAAUCUUACCAAAGGAGUUUCAAUGUCUUUGCCAUCAUCACCUUUACUGCCUCGUCAUGCCUACUUGAUGCAAUCAAGAGCAAGUAAAAAGUCUCCAGGUCCUAUCAGGAAGCCCAAGUAUGUGGAAAGCCCCCGGAUACCAGGAGAUGCUGUUGUCAUCCCAAUGAGGAAAGCGUUGCAGCCGACUGAACACAGCCAGAAUGAAUCAAAAUCAGAAACAGAAUCCAGCUGUUCACCAGCAGCUCAAGAGUUGAUGACAAGACUGGGAUUUUUAUUGGGAGAAGGAAUUCCAACCUCUGCCCAUAUAUCUGCAGAAGAAAAACAUGAAACUAUGUGCACAGUUGCUAGUCAAGGAGUCAGUCCCUGUUCUACACUAACAAGCAGCACGACGUCACCGAGCACGGAUAGUCCCUGCUCAACUUUGAAUAGCUGUGCUGGCAAGGCAGCAGCCAACAAAAGUAGUCCCUGUGGGACCAUUAGCAGCCCAAGUUCCACCCUGGAAAGCAAAGACAGUGGAAUUAUAGCAACUGUAACAAGUUCAUCUGAAAACGAUGACCGCAGUGGAUCCAGCCUGGAAUGGAGCAAAGAUGGGAGUAUCAGAACUGUUGCCCACCAAGGAAUUAUUCUAGAACGGAGGACAGAUAAUUGUUCACCAGUUGCAGAAGAAGAGUCUUCCGAGAAUUUGCCAAAGGUGGAAGUGUCUUCUGGAGAUGGUCCAGUUACUUACACUCAAAACUCUGGCUCUUUAGUAAUGCCCCGACCCAAUUCUGUGGCAGCAACAAGUUCCACCAAGCUAGAAGACCUGAGCUAUUUGGAUGGGCAGAGAAAUACUCCAUUGCGGACCUCAAUUCGCUUACCUUGGCACAAUACUGCUGGAGGAAGAGUUCAACAAGAAAUAAAAGCACGUUUUGUCCCUUAUAAGCCUCAAGACAUUUUGCUGAAGCCACUAUUGUUUGAAGUGCCAAGUAUAACAACAGACUCAGUGUUUGUCGGAAGAGACUGGCUGUUUCAAACCAUAGAGGAAAAGUUGAAGAAUACAGAGCAGGCAGAAACCAGGGGAGCUGUUAUUAUUGGGAAUGUGGGAUUUGGGAAGACGGCUAUUAUUUCCAAGCUGGUGGCACUUAGCUGCCAUGGAAGUCGCAUGAGGCAAAUUGCUUCCACCAGUUCUAAUUCUUCUCCAAAAGCCAGUGACCCCUGUCAAGAGAUUCCUCUCAGCCAGUUACCCCCUUCUGUUGUUACCUCAGCUGGUGUCAGUGCAAUCAAAACUUUGAACGCCCCCCCUGCUCAGGAAGAUCAGAACCAAAUGGGAGAUUCAGUUAGACAUCUUGCUUCAAAGGUUGUUGCCUAUCACUACUGCCAAGCCGACAAUACUUACACAUGCCUUGUCCCAGAAUUCGUGCAUAGUAUUGCAGCUCUGCUCUGCCGGUCCCAUCAGUUAGCAGCAUACAGAGACCUUUUGAUAAGGGAGCCACACCUACAAAGCAUGCUUAGCCUUAGGUCCUGUGUUCAGGAUCCCGUGGCAGCGUUCAGAAGAGGAGUACUGGAACCUCUAGCAAACCUUAGAAAAGAACGGAAAAUUCAAGAAGAAGACUACAUAAUUUUGAUAGAUGGCUUAAAUGAGGCUGAAUUUCACAAGCCUGAUUAUGGGGACACCAUUUCUUCAUUUAUUGCAAACAUCAUAUCUAAAUUUCCUUCUUGGUUAAAACUGAUCGUGACAGUAAGAACAAACUUUCAGGAAAUAAUAAGCUCACAUCCUUUCUUCGCAAUCUCCCUAGAUGAUUUUCCCGACAACAAGGAGAUACAGGCUGACUUGAACACAUAUAUUCAGUACAGGAUUAAUGCCAGCCAGGAUAUUAUAAACAAUAUAUCUCUUAAUGGAAAAGCUGAUGCCGCUAUUAUUGGGAAAGUGAGCAACCACCUGAUCAUGAGGAGUAUGGGAUCCUACCUCUACUUAAAACUUACACUAGACCUUUUUCAGAAGGGUCACCUAGUGAUCAAAAGUGCGAGCUACAAGGUAGUUCCAGUUUCCCUUUCCGAGCUUUAUUUACUUCAGUGCAAUAUGAAGUUCAUGACAAACUCAUCGUUUGAGAGAGCCCUGCCAAUCCUAAAUGUCGCUCUAGCAUCACUUCACCCAAUGACAGAUGACCAGAUUUUCCAAGCUAUUAAUGCCGGGCAGAUAUAUGGCGAACAGGAAUGGGAAGAGUUCCAUCAGAGGAUGGAAGCCCUUUCAGGCUUUCUGAUAAAACGGCGUGACAAAACACGGAUGUUCUGCCAUCCUUCCUUCAGAGAAUGGCUUGUUUGGAGAGCAGACGGUGAAAACACUGAUUUCUUAUGUGAACCCAGGAAUGGGCAUGCUCUCCUAGCAUUCAUGUUCUCUCGGCAGGAAGGAAAACUUAACCGUCAGCAGACAAUGGAACUUGGGCAUCAUAUUCUUAAAGCUCAUAUUUUCAAGGGACUUAGUAAAAAGACUGGGGUUUCUUCCAGCCAUCUUCAAGCCUUGUGGAUUGGCUAUAGCACUGAUAGUUUGUCAGCAGCUCUUGCAUCUUUGCGCAAUCUGUAUACUCCAAAUGUAAAGGUGAGUCGUCUGCUGAUUUUGGGUGGUGCCAACAUAAACUACAGGACAGAGGUUCUCAACAAUGCUCCAAUAUUAUGUGUUCAGUCUCACCUUGGUCAUGAAGAAGUAGUCCUUCUCCUGCUGGAAUUUGGUGCCUCAAUUGAGGGUGCAUCUGAGAAUGGAAUGACCCCACUUUGCUAUGCGGCAGCUGCAGGUCAUAUGAACAUUGUUUCUCUGCUCUGCAAAAAAGGAGCAAAGAUUGAUCACUUGGACAAAAAAGGACAGUGCGCUUUGGUUCAUAGCGCUCUCAGAGGCCAUUCUGAAGUUCUGGAAUAUCUGCUUAACAUGGACUGGAUCACGUCUCCCCAUCAGCAGAGUCCACUGGCAAAGCAACAGGCACUUCAGCAGGCUCUGACAGCCUCUUCAAGCAUGGGGCACUGUCGGGUGGUUCAUUUUCUGGUAAGGAUUGAAAAGGACCCUAAAAUUGACAUCAAUGAAACUGACACACUGUGGGGAGAAACAGCUUUGACUGCUGCUGCUGGGAGAGGAAAACUGGAUGCCUGUGAGCUGUUACUUGGACAUGGUGCUGUAGUAACAAAAACAAAUAGGAGAGGGAUACCUCCACUUUUCUGUGCUGUGCGUCAGGGCCAUUGGCAGAUUGCAAAGCUUCUAUUAGAACAUGGGGCUGACAUAAAUGUAAGUGAUAAGCAAGGCAGGACACCACUCAUGGUGGCAGCUUGUGAAGGACACCUGAGCACUGUUGAAUUCCUAAUCUCCAAAGGUGCAGACAUCUCAUCACUGGACAAGGAAGGCCUGACAGCAUUGAGCUGGGCUUGCCUCAAAGGACACAAGAGUGUGGUCCAACAUUUGGUCGAAAAAGAUGCCGCAAUAGACCAGACAGACAAAAAUGGAAGAACACCCUUGGAUUUAGCAGCUUUCUAUGGCGACUCAGAUAUUGUACAGUAUUUAGUGGAGAAAGGUGCAGUUAUUGAACAUGUCGACAACAGUGGCAUGCGCCCACUGGACAGAGCAAUUGGAUGUCGAAACACAUCAGUGGUGGUCACGCUGCUUCGAAAAGGAGCCAAGUUAGGAAAUGCAGCCUGGGCAAUGGCUACUUCAAAACCUGAUAUUCUGAUUAUUCUGCUACAGAAGCUUAUUGAAGAAGGAAACAUACUGUACAAAAAAGGGAAGAUGAAGGAGGCAGCACAACGGUACCAGUAUGCCUUACGGAAGUUUCCUCGAGAGAGUUUUGGGGAAGAAAUGAAAACAUUCAAUGAGCUCAGAGUUUCUUUGUAUCUAAACCUCUCAAGAUGCCGUAGAAAAACAAAUGAUUUUGGCAUGGCAGAAGAGUUUGCUACCAAAGCACUUGAUCUCAAACCCACAUCUUAUGAAGCAUAUUAUGCUAGAGCAAGAGCCAAGAGGAACAGCAGGCAGUUUCAUGCAGCCUUGUGUGAUCUGCGAGAAGCCAUCAAGUUGUGCCCUGGUAACCAAGAAAUAAAGAGGCUGCUGGCUCGUGUGGAAGAAGAAUGCAAACAACUCCAGAGAACACAGCAACCAAAGCAGCCAUGUCCUCCGCCAACACAACAAGCCAAUGAUUCUGACAAUGAAGCAGAAGCUCUUGUGCAAGACCAUUUCAGCCUGGAAGAGACAGAGGAGGAAGAAUCUUUACAUGAAGAGGAGUCUGGUCAGUCUGGACAGAGAUUGUCACUUUCCCCUUUGUCUUUGCCUUGCAACCGAAACACUCAGGAAGGCACCCAGCAGAAAUUUAGACCAAUAUCACCCCCAAACAGAGCAGGCAGCAAAUACCUGCGAGAGCCUGGCUUGACCAUGCAGCCUACAAAACAAGCCCAGAUAGUAAAAACUAAUCAGCAUCUGAAUUCUAUUCAGUCUGGGGCAAGAACUGCAUCUGGUCAGACUGGAACAAAACUGCCCCUUCAGUAUAUUCCUUCAAGUCCUGUGAACUCCAGACACCUCAUGAACCCAAGCAAAAGUCAGCAUUUGGAUGGGACAAACACCAGCUCAACAAGUAUUAGUGCAGGUAGUAACUCUGCACUAUUUGGCGAAAGACUAACAAACAUCCAAGUUCCCUACUUGCAGCACAGUGACAAAGGACCUUCUCACUCUUUUAUGAGUAAGUCCAAAACACACGAGAGGCUCGCCAUCCAUACGCCUCCAAAUCUGGAAAAAACAGGUCCAUCGCUGCCCCAAGGAGUGGGUGAGUUAAGGCAACAAAGCACUAUCUGUUCUGGUCAACUUUUGGUGAACAUGGUCCCUUCCAGCUCAACAAACAGUUUGUCUUCAAGCAGCAGCUUCUCCGAGAGUGCAAAAGGUCCAGAUAUUCGACUCAAGGAAAGCAAAAUUAGCCAAGGUCAAAGUGGAUUGGAGCACAGGCCUCGCAACACUCCCUUCAUGGGUAUCAUGGAUAAAACUGUACGGUUCCAGCAGCAGCAGCAGCAGCAACAGCUAAUGAUGAUGAACCCAUCAAAUCGCAGCUGGCAUGGGCAACCUGCAGAAGCCUUCCAGAAAAGUGCUGAGGCUGGCCUCUCUACCAGCUGUGAGCAGUUCUUUGCUAAGCAACAAGGCAGUUCUGGCAGUCAGAUGGCAAGCUUCUCUUCCUCUUCUCUUUUAAUACCAGGAGAGAAUAUCCAGAAUGGCACCUCAUUUAAAGAACUUGAGGAACUCAAGUGUCAAGCAUCUGUCAGUCCACAAGACAGCAGGAUAGCUAAGCCAGUGGGUCAUCUGUACCAAGAUGUUCUCUCUAAACAGCACUCUCAGCUUAACAAAGAGAUCCGUUCGAGUCACAUCCCUUCCACAAAGCCAAAGCGAUCUUUUGUAGAAUCUAAUGUGUGAGUGAUUCUGUCUGUUUUAUCACAUACUAGGGAAGAACCAUAUCUCUUUGGUGGUAAAAGUUACCACAUAGUGGUAUGUAAAUUAAUGAUAUUAAUCACUAGUAUUUUACAAAGUGUGUAAUAAAAACCUAUUACUCAGCCAUUUCUUGAACAUCACUCAGGCUGUCUUAUGAGGACUGAAAAUAUUAAUCAAGAGAUGGGUGACCACCAAUUAAAUUCUUUGUUAAUGCAGGAGAAGAAAAUUUCUAUCAUUUAUGUCAAGCUUUGUAAAAGAUCUAACAUGAUUGUUUAAUUACUACAGUCACUCAUUAUACCAAGCUAAGUCCUUUUGGAAAAAGCUGAAUAAAGCUCCUAUAUGUAUUUGUUUUGGUUGGAAGCCUCACUGAACUCAAUGGGACUUCUCUUUCUGAUGGGGCAUGUAUAGGAUUGUGCUGUAAAUUUACAUUGUAUAGUCAUGUAUAUUAUAUUAUUGUUUAAAAUUAAUACAUAUAUGAUGGUGGAAUCCACAGAACAUUCAGAUCUGUCCAUACAUAUUUUAUUGUCAGGAAGUAUUAUUCUUUCUGUUUAAUAAGGGUGGAGGUGUAAUUUCAGAAAACCUUUCCCUUCUGUGCAAGUCAUUCAGCAGCCGUGUUUUCUUCUUUCAUGUGGCUGAAGCUGGCUUAAGUUACUACUAGGCAGGAAGUACAUUACAUGGGAUUUUGCAUGCAUUCUGUCCAACAAUCUGGUUAUUGCACUGAAUAAUAUGAUAUUAUGACCUAUUAACAACAUAUAAGCAGCACUUUACAUAGUUUGUCUAAACACCUUUUGAGGUGCUAUGUCAGUACAAGAUAGAGGAUAAGGAAGAUGAAUGCAAGUAUUGUGAGUGGUUUUAUAGCCAAUGAAGGUCUGAGGGAGAAGAGUAUGUGUAUUUACUUUUAUAGGAAGGACAUUUGAUAUGUUUCCUUAGUGUUUCAGUGUGAAAUGCUUUUUUUAAUCACAAGGAUGUUUUUGAGAUGGCUAGUUUGUAAGGACAUUCCUGUGUAUAAUAAAAGUUGGGGCUAUAUAAGCUGAAGUAGUUUUUUGUCCUUUAACAAUUAUUCCCAUGUGUACUAUAUGUAUGUACAUUAUAACAGCAUUCUCGCACGAUUUUUUAAAAAAAAUUAUAAAGAAUUUGCAAUUUUGAAAUGAACCGUUAUUCUCUAGCUUAUUUAUUGUUUAUCUUCCUAUUUGUACAAUCUUAUUUUAUUCUCUUGUUCUGUAGAUCUAUUUUUUGCACAGCUACUGUAU